CUCCUCUUCUCAUUGUUCUUUCAUCUUAUCCAGGUGAGGGUGACGGACCCAAGGAGGAUCCUGCAGUGAGCCCGGCAAUCCAGGAGGCCCCCUCAGCUUUAGGACACCUAAAAUCCUGAAGAUUCCAGUACCCACUGUGUCUCUUGUGCCGCCCACACCCCCAGUGGGAGACACUGUGAAAUCAUUACAGGACCCUGUAUUUGGAUGCUUGCCUCCUCAAGCUAUAAGGACCUUACAGUGAAGAUGGGAAACACAUUUUUAUAUUCGGAUUGCCUAAGUGCAGUGGUCGUUCCAGUUCAAGACAUCAUUUGGCAUAGGGAUUUUAAUGCGAGCCUUAUCACUAACGACAUUGCCCUUCUUCAGCUGGCCAACUCUGUGAAUUAUUCUUCGUACAUCCAGCCAGUGUGCCUCCCUGAAAAGAAGUUGGACGUGAAAGCUGAGACACAGUGCUGGGCAACUGGAUGGGGCCGAACUUUAGAAUUCGCCACAUCACUGCCACGUGUUCUUCAGGAGACUGAGCAAAUCAUUCUUCACCACAAGGAAUGUAAUCAGAAGAUACAGACACAGUUAGGAGUCCAUCGCCAAGUAGUUGGAAGAGGGGUGAUCUGUGGCUAUCACGAAAAGAUUAAAAGUCCCUGCAAGGGAGAUUCUGGGGGUCCCCUGGUCUGUCAACUUAAUGACUCAUGGGUCCAGGUGGGGAUA